GUUUGACUUUGUUGUGAGUAGGAAGAAGAUCUCAUUCCAUCCUCUUCCCAUCCUUCUUCUAUUCCUUUCCUUCUCUUUGUCUCUUAAAAGACGGCUCAACUCCAAACAGUAACAUCAUCAUCAGACAACACAACAACAACAACAACAACCUCUUCUUCGUUGAAAUUCCUGUUUCAAUUACUGUUACUAUUGGAUUGAUGCGGUGAUUGAUCGUUUGGUGAUUAAAAACGGAACCUUUACAUAAGCAAAUGAUGUCGAGGAAAUGAAGUUUGGAUUUGAGGUGAAAUGGGUUGUGUAAUAAGCCGAGAAGUGGAAUCAGGUAUUGUGUCUGAGGUGAAGGAAGAGAAGAAUUCGAGAGCUGAGUCGAGCAAGAGGGUUGAAGAAGUUUCGACGAGUAGAGCUGAGGGAAGUGUGGUAGAGGUUCAGAAUGGCGAGAAGGCGAAGAAGGUCAAGGAGAAGGAAGAGAAGAGUGACGGUGAUGGGGUUCAGCGGCCGAAGGGUGAGAGAAGAAGAUCAAAGCCAAACCCGAGGUUGAGUAACCCGCCAAAGAAUUUGCAAGGGGAGCAAGUAGCAGCUGGAUGGCCGUCUUGGCUUACAGCAGUUUGUGGGGAAGCCCUUAAUGGGUGGAUUCCACGGAAGGCUGAUACAUUCGAGAAAAUAGAUAAGAUCGGUCAAGGAACAUAUAGUAAUGUGUACAAAGCUAAAGAUUUAAUAACGGGUAAGAUUGUUGCAUUGAAGAAGGUUCGAUUUGACAAUUUGGAACCCGAGAGUGUAAAAUUCAUGGCUAGAGAGAUCCUUAUACUGCGAAGAUUGGAUCAUCCCAAUGUUAUAAAGUUAGAAGGUUUAGUUACAUCUAGAAUGUCAUGGAGUUUGUAUCUGGUGUUUGAAUACAUGGUACAUGAUUUAGCUGGACUUGCUGCAAGCCCUGACAUCAAGUUCACAGAGCCUCAGGUAAAAUGUUACAUGCAUCAACUGCUAUCAGGACUGGAGCACUGUCAUAAUAGACAUGUACUUCACCGCGAUAUCAAAGGAUCAAAUCUUCUGAUUGACAAUGAAGGAAUACUCAAAAUUGCUGACUUUGGGCUUGCAUCUUUCUUCGAUCCAACCCGUAGGCAUCCUAUGACAAAUCGUGUGGUUACCCUUUGGUACCGGCCUCCUGAGCUGCUUCUCGGUGCCACAGAUUAUGGUGUGGGUGUGGACCUUUGGAGUGCCGGUUGCAUUUUAGGAGAGUUAUUGUAUGGGAAACCAAUUAUGCCUGGUCGUACAGAGGUGGAACAACUGCAUAAGAUAUACAAGCUUUGUGGUUCACCUUCGGAUGAGUAUUGGAAGAAGUCAAAAUUGCCUAAUGCUACCUUGUUCAAACCUCGAGAGCCAUACAAAAGAUGCAUAAGAGAUGUAUUUAAAGAUUUUCCACCUUCUGCUCUUCCUCUUGUCGAUACUCUUCUUGCAAUUGAUCCAAUAGAACGGAGGAGUGCCUCAGAUGCUCUAAGAAGUGAGUUCUUUAACACAGAACCUUAUGCCUGUGAUCCUUCUAGUCUUCCAAAGUAUCCCCCAACCAAGGAAAUGGAUGUUAAACGGCGUGACGAUGAAGCAAGAAGAUCAAGAGCUGCAGCCAAAGCUCGAGCUGAUGGAGGAAAGAAGCAUCGGACACGUGACCGGGCUGUAAAAGCUGCUCCUGCUCCUGAAGCCAAUGCUGAGCUUCAAUACAAUAUCGAUCAGAGAAGGCGUCUAAUCACUCAUGCUAAUGCUAAGAGCAAAAGUGAAAAGUUUCCUCCGCCGCAUGAAGAUGGACAACUUGGAUUUCCUUUGGGAGCUUCAAAUCAUAUUGAUCCAGAUAUAGUUCCUCAUGAUGUCUCUUUGGAUUCAAUGUCAUAUACCUUUUCAAAGGAACCAUUUCAAGCUUAUUCAGGUCCCAUAGGUAAUACUACUAGCAAUGGUUUCACAAAGCGGAAGAAAAACACUGCGAACGAUGCAUUGGAUUUAUCAAAACCAUAUAAAGGAACCCACAAGGAUAAGGGUAAAGGAAAGAAAAUCAUAGCUUAAAUAUAUUAUUAGUACAUUCUUAGAGUCAAAUUAUAAAUCAAUCUCAUUUUUUGGUGUUGGAAUCCAAAUGCUGUUUAAUGCACUUCUAAAAUAUGUCAUGCUUGCUUCCUAAGUGAAGUUAAUUCCUUCUUAUCAAGGUGUAAAACCAUUUUUUUUCAUAGUUUUCUUUUUUUUUGGUUUCCAUUUAGAUAUAAGAGUUUUUUUUUUCUUUCUUUUUCUGAGAGGAUAUACUGAGUCUGGUGGUAUUAUAGAGAAUUAUUGUGAUGUACAUUGUGAAUUAUUAUUUUUGUACUCUUGUGUCAAUAUCUGAAAUCUGUUUAAUUUGUUGAGAAUUGCAAUAAA